AUUGCCGACGAGAGGCCUGAGCGACGCCCUGAGCGACGCCAGGAGCAGAUAUGUUCCCCUUCGCGGCUUUGUUCGGCCUCUCGCUCGUUCUGCCACGCCGCGUGCAGAUCAUACCGAGGGCCCGCGUCGUCGCCUCCGCCGCAAACGACACGCUGACCGUCGGUGACGCGCUGGCGGGCUCUCUGCGUCGGAACAUUGCCGACCUUCCGGAGCACGAGCACCUGGCGAGGGCGGAGAGAACGCUAGACGCGAUGCUCGUCUCCGGAAGUGCCGAGCUCGACGCGCUUCAGCGCGAGUUUGACCGCGACCUCGCGCAGACGAGCGACUCGCUCGACCAAGAGCUGACCUCCGGACUGCAGCGGGUCGCUGCGACGUACAAUGAGACGUUUGACUACGCGGCAGCAGAGCUCGAUACUGUAUUUGCCUCCACCCGCGACGGUGUAUCGUCGUACCGCUUUCACAGCCAACACUCCCAACACCGCCGCCACUGCCGCCGCCACCCGACUCGCCUCGGUGAGGCUUGCUCAGCAUCUGCGACUCACAACACAGCUUUCCCUGUGAUUAAGGCGUCCGCCGCGACCUCGCCUCGCUCGUCGAGGCUGCCGCCGAGCACAAGGCCCGCACACGGCCGCCGCGCCGCCGCCGCGCCUUCCGGCACCUGUGGCGCUCGUCUCGCCGCGCGUUGCGGUCGGGCGCGCCGAAGCACCCGGUGGUGCUUGUCUCCGAGGUGUCGGCCGUCGCGCUCUCCCUCCUCCUCCUCGCCGCCGCCGCCGACGCCGCCUCCGCCUCCCACGCCCUCCUCCCCGCCUCGUGGCCGGCGGUGCGGGCGCUCCUCUGCCUCUGGGUGGGCUCGUUCGGAGUCAUCCUCCUCCGCUCGGCGACGGACGAUUGGGCGGCCCUCGCCCUCGGUCUCGACCCCGUGGAGCGCUUCGCAGGCAGCAGCGGCGGAGGCGGCGGCAGCGGAGGAGGAGGCGGAGGAAGCUCUAGCGGGCGUCGCAGCGGCGCGGGCGGGAGGUACGUGCGGUGGACGUACGACUGGGAGCGAGACGCGUGGAGGGAGGGCUGA